GCGGACUGGUGGAAUUCGCCUUGCAGUUAUAUGACACAACAUGUAUUUGCAAUACAAUGAAAAUGUCGAUUACUUCAGUCUCGAAGAACUCAGGCAUCUUGCUGGAGCGAUGGGAUUCCCGAAAGAAGUAUUUGAGAGCAACAUACCGAAUGAUCUUUUUGAUGAAAAAGAAAAAAUCACAACAAGAGAUUUAAUCAAAUGUAUUGAAGAUCGUUGCUUUCAUGUUGACCUACAUUUUACUGUCAACUUGAAAUCUGCGACGUAUAAUGCGACAUGCUUGAAGGAGGCAGUUAAAUUUAUAUCAAAGCGAUAUUUAAGUUUCAAGGAAUUGCUUGAAGUUCGACUUGCAUUCCAAUCUUAUGAGGCGUAUGAUCAAAACGGGAUGAAAAUUGACGAACUUAUAUUUUUGCGAACGUUAAAAAUGUGCGGGAGAGUGAUUUCACCAAAAAAAUUAAUGCAUAAGUUGAAACAUUUAAAAUUAAGUUUUAAAGUAAAGGGGAGGAUUCAGUUUUUUGAGUUCUUAGAUCUUUUAGAAUUAUGUGAGUUCACAAAAGAUCAAAUUUUAACCGGUGAUGAGUUGCAUUCACCUGUCGAAAAAAGCUGGACAAGAUUAUAUAAAGUUGACAAUUUUAAGCGUUUUACGACACCCCAAGAUAAGAAAAUAUGGAAACAUUUGAAUGAGGAAUAUAAAAAUGAGGAAUUGAAUUACAACCAACCUAAAUUGAAAUCAAAUAAUUUUAUCAAGAAUCCUCUCACACCAGAUGAUUUUCGAAUGCAGGUUAAACUCGCGAAUAAACAGUACGAAUCGCUUCACAAAAGUUUGAGAAACUCGAGCAAACAGGUUAAACUAGCAAGAGGUGGAUUCACUUUUGUACGUCCGCAAACUGCUAGAUCAUAUUCUCAUCAAAAUAAGAAAGAUAUGAGAAGUAAACAUACAAUGUCGGCUUCAACUGGUAAAAAUACAUUUGAAAACACUCCCAGAGCUCCAUCAAGAACUUCGAUACCGGCUACGGAAUUAACUGAUGGGUUUCCUUCAACUAGAAGUAAAAGGAAGCAGAGACCACAAUCUAGUCCGCCUGUUAUGACCGAUAAGUUACUAAAAGAUUCAAAAUCUAAAGUUGAAAACGUGCAGUUUGAUAUGUGCACAGAACACCAACGUUGGUUCGAAUAUUAUCACGACAAUAUUACCCAUCAUCUCCCCAAUUAUCAUGAAGUUCUGAGAAGAAUGAGAAAACCUUUUCCAGCACCGAGAAGGAAACGUUUUUAUAGACGACCUCGUCCAAAUCCUAAGGUUAUUUCUCGUUUGUCAAGUCAUGAACCGAACCCUCCGCUUGAGCACUUACAACACUGUGAUGCAUUAUCUUGGGGAAUUGGAAGUGAUAAUCAUUCCAUGCUGCUAAAAAACAAAGCGAAAAAAGUUCGCUGUAAAUCUGCUCCUGUUUCAUCCUCAAAUAAAUUUUCUGCGACAGAAUUUAAACCCUCGAAAGUUACGAAUCAAUAUUCUUCCUUGCUACAAUCAUUAAUGGAGGAAUAUGGCUACGUCAGUGAAGAUGAUUCAAUAACUGAAGAUAAGGAUAAUGGAGAAAAUAUAAAAAUUGAGCUUGCAGAAUCCUCAUUAAAAUAUGAAGUUGAAAAAAUUGAACCAACGGAACUUGAAAGUGAACACUAUUCUGAAGAGGUCAAAAGUGAACAUUAUUCUGAACAAGAAGAUCAGACAAAUUUAAUUCUUUCAGAAAGCUCGGGUUCUUUCACUGAAUCAUCACGACUUGUUUCUGAAAAUAUUGAUAAUGUUGAGAAUGAUGCAGAACAAAAACAACAAUUUAUCGAUGAAUUCUUCAAAUGGCGAAAACAUAAAAAAACUAACGUAACAAAUUUGAUCAAAGAAACAGGUUAUUAUCGUCCAUGUGUCAAGCUUGAUCACAGUACCCAAAGAAAUAUCUCCUCCCCACAGAGUUUUAAAAAAGUUUUUCGACCCCCCAGUGCAAAAACUAGCGAAUGCCAAACUGAAAAUUUAUCAGAUUUUGAAAAACACGUCCUCGACCCAGAAAAUUUACGAAUUCGUCAUGAUGUUAGCCUUGCAGAGGAGGAAGUUGAUUUUUAUAUGAUCGAAAGAAAAGUUAGGUCGUUGAGAAGGAUUGCGAAACGCUACUCUGGAAUGGACAGACGAUGGUUUUCUGCUCUAGUAAAAACUACAGAAAUAAAUGAUUCUCCGAUCAAACCAUUAAACAAUGGUAUAUCCGUAAAUGACUAAAAAUUUGUGUAUUAUGAUAGUUGAUUAUUGAAUAUAUUUUUUUAAAUGACUCCCAAAAAAUGAAUGGAAUGUGGUAAAAGGUAAAGUCUGUUUUCCGCCCACUCACUUUUCUAUCUCAUCUUUCAAAUGCAAAUUGAAAUUUUUUGUUCCAAAUUCCAGUUUUUUUCUGAAACUUCAUCAAUUUUCAUUUUUUUCAACUUUAUUCCAAUAUUUUUCUCUAUAUUUGAAUCAAUUUUUCACAUGUCUGUUUUUUUAUUCCUCUCUGUUUUGCAUACAUUUUAUAUACUAUAGUCAUUCGCUUUAUAUCAAGUUUACAAGUUAUCUACUUGUUCAAUUUUUUGUAUCAUUAUCUCCAAAAUGAUAAAUAUCAUUUAUUUUUUUCGUUUUGGUUUUCUGAGUAAUUUUCGUAAUGCAUUCGAAAUGGUAAAUUAUUGAUCUAAUCCAUGAUUCUUUGUAUUGGAAUAUUGUUGAGUAUCUUUUUUGGUAUAGAAAACAUAAUACCUCCAUGUUGGCUUCAUUGUCCUCUAUUCACUGUUUGUUGGAUUUUUCUUAUGAAACUAUUUUCUUUUUCUCAGAUUAGCAUUUUUCAACAUGUUUUAUUACAAUUUUCAAUUUUUUCUCCUCAAUUUAUGAAAUGACACAAAGACAUAAUGACCCAAUAAACUCAUAAUUGAUAUAAAAAGUGUCUGAAUCUGGAGCUUUCUAUAACCAAUUCCUAUAUUCAACAAUUCAAAUUCAAUACCCCGUUCACACUCUCUAAUGUUCAGGAAUUUUGCACUUUUCAAUAUACGGUACUUAUGUCUGUUUUUUUACCAUUGACUAGUGUUAGAUGAAAUUAUUUUAAAUCUUAAAUGUAUAAUCCAUUAUGUUGAUUUAUUAUUGUCCUGCUUUCCACCCACACACAAUAUAUUUUCUUUAGCUUUAUAUUUUUUUAUCCAAUUACCUAUUUUUUUUAAUGACUUUAUAUAUUUAAAUCAGUUUGUAACUUAUCAUGAUUUUUUAUCCUUAUAUAAAAAUGAACUUAUAUCAUAACAACAUGAAAUACUGCUCUGUAUUUAGAAGGUAUUUUGAACUGGGCCCUAGGUUCUUUGGGGGUUGCGGGCCACUAAGUGUCAUCAGUGGUUGUCUUAGUUUUACUCAAAAAUGAGUGUAGUUUACUGCUGAGUGAGUGACUCCGAUUUGCGCAAAUUCUCUUUAAAAUUUCGCGACUGUUCAUCUAACGAUGAAGUUUUCUAUAUUUGCUUUAAAAUAAAAUUGUGCACUUUAUUUUAUCUGUGUUUAGCAAUGUGGAAGGUCAGUAGUUGCCAUAAUGUUUUUGAGAGUCGAGUAUCAUUUAAUUCUGAGUGAGUGACUUUCAAUUGUGCAAAUUUAGUUCAAAAAUGACUGCUUACCCAACUAUGAUUCUUUCUAUAUUUUCAAUAAAAUAAAUUAUGUAG